CCAUUAUCUCCAUAAACUUCUGCAUUAGUGACCUACACGUUCUCUCUCUCACUCAUUUCGGAUCACCACAGGACCAAUUCUCACUCGGUUUGACAAAUUAUCCCAAUCUCUCUCAUCCCUUUUGAGAAAUUCAACAACAACCCACCACAGAAAAAGCAAUAGGAGACAAAAGAGCAAAUUUUCCCCUUCUGCCUUGUUCUUUCUCUUCCUUUUUUGCUUUCAGGGUCUUAUUUCUUGUGUAUUCCCCAACACACAGACAAUUAUUUCCCUUAUUGGGUUGUCCCCAAAACACAAAUCAUCUCAGUUCUGCCAUUUCUUCCCCAAUUCCCCACCUGGGUUUCUUCCAUAUUCUCUCGAAUUCACAAGGCAAGAACCUUGAACUCUGUUUUUGGUGUAAUGGGUUUGUUCAGUUCUACUGCAAUUCGCCGUAGCUAGGUGGGUUUCUUUUGUGGCGGUUGAUGAGUUGAUAAGUUUCUGGAUUUUGGAGCUAUUUCAAGUUCCAAGAAGAUGGGGGGAGGAGAGAAGAGUGACAAAGAAACAAAGAAAGAAAACCAGGAUGAUACAGAUAAUGAAGGAGUGGAGGGGAUUGGGAGGCAGAUGAGUGAGACUUCUGUUUCUGCGGCUGAGGAGGAGGAAGACGAAGAGGGAAGCAGUAAAAUUCAGUUGGGUCCCCAAUGCACUCUCAAAGAACAGAUUGAGAAGGAUAAGGAUGAUGAGAGUUUGAGGAGGUGGAAGGAGCAGCUUCUUGGGGCUGUGGAUUUUGAGAAUGUUGGAGAAACUCUUGAACCAGAAGUGAAGUUCAUUCAGCUUUCAAUCCUUUCUCCUGGUAGACCUGACAUUGUUCUUGAUAUUCCGGGAGAUGGGAAACCCAAAGGCUUAUGGUUCACGCUGAAAGAAGGUAGUCCGCACAACCUGAAGUUCUCCUUCCAAGUUAGCAAUAACAUCGUAUCCGGUCUCAAGUACACCAACACUGUUUGGAAAACUGGUGUCAAGGUCGACAGCACAAAAGAGAUGAUUGGAACUUUCAGUCCUCAGCAAGAGCCUUACAUACAUGUGAUGCCAGAAGAGACCACACCUUCUGGCAUGUUUGCCAGAGGAUCAUAUUCUGCAAGAUCGAAGUUUCUUGACGAUGAUAACAAGUGUUACUUGGAGAUCAAUUACACCUUCGAUAUUCGAAAGGAAUGGGCUAAAUAAACAGAGAAUUUCCCACUGAGUGCUAGCAUAUCUCUUCCAUUCAGCUGAUGUUCUCACACGGCUGACGUUCUUUACACCGCAGUUAGUUUAAAGUUUUUUCCGGUUAAUGAUUCCCAAAUAUUACUUACUUCCAUGGUUGUGCUAAGUUUGUUAAUUUUCGUAACAUUGGAUUGCAAAGAAAGCGAGAGAGUGUGUGUGUGUUUUUUAGGGGAUUCUUUGGUUACUGCCUGCAAUAAAAGGUGAGCUUAGAUUGUGUUCUAAUUGUGGUUCUAAA